CAGGAAUUAAGCGCCUCUAAUACUGAAGAAAAUCCAGAUUAUAGUGAUAUAGAGUUAAUCCAGCAUAUCAAUGUUGAUGUAGACAGGCUUGUAAAGCUUCUUAAUGAAACAAUAAAAACCUUUCGAAGUUUACGGAAGAAUACUCAAAUUGUGUUGAUGACCUCAUUGGAGAAGGCGAUAUGGAACUGGAUGGAUACAUACCCCAGUGAAUUUGCAGAUUUGCAGAAAAGACGAAAUGAAGAACUAGCAAAGUGCUGUGAGGUCAUGUUUGAACAUUUAGAUAAUAUUGCAGAGAAUAAUAAACGGAGGGCAGCGGUUUGGCCGUUUCAGAUAAUGCUCUUAGUAUUAUCUCCGAAAGUUUUAGAGGAAAUAGUGAAUGCAGAUGCUGGUGCUCCAUGUUCGCAAAGACAUUUUAAGAAAAAGCAGUUCAUUGAUCAGUUGAAAAGAGCUUUAGUACAACAUAACAUAAGUAAACAUCUCACAGAAGCUGCUGCUGUUACUUGUGUAAAACUCUGCAAGAUUGCAACAUAUAUAAACAUCAACGAUUCAAAUAAUGUAGUGUUUGUAUUAGUGCAGAGCGUCAUUAGUGAACUAAAGAAUUUACUCUUCAAUAUGAUGAAGCCAUUUUCUAGAGGUCAAGCUUAUAUUUGUCAAGAUGUUGACCUUAUGAUUGACUGUUUCGUGUCACUCUUCCGCAUCCUCCCGCAUAACAACGAGGCUCUUAAAGUUUGUCUAAACCAAGGUUCCCCAUCAUCAUAUCAUUUUGUUUUGGUCAGUUCACUUUACAGAAUAAUUACGCAGCCAAGACUAGCGUGGUGGCCCCAGAUUGAUAUAGUGUACAAUAAAUCCAGUGAACUCAGGUCAAUGUUUACAGACACACUGAACAAAGUUAGUCAAGGGUGUAUAUCUCACACACUUCUUAGAAUGACCCAGAGUUUAUCGUUAAAGGAGAAAGUGUCCACAUUAAAGUUCAAAGAGAAAUCUUCAGACGAAGCUCCAUCUUAUAAGAAUCUGCUGCUUUGGAUGGUUCGUCUUAUUCAUGCAGAUCCUAUGCUUAUGCUCAAUAAUCAAGGUAAAGCUGGACAUGAAAUUCAGAGUUCAACCCUAGAACUCAUAAAUGGUUUGGUAUCGUUAGUUCAUAACCCGUCCAUGCCGGAUGUGGCAGCAGAGGCUAUGGAAGCAUUGCUCGUUUUACAUCAACCAGAAAAGAUUGAGAUGUGGAAUCCUGAGGCUCCCAUCAAUACGUUUUGGGAUGUGAGUUCACAGGUGCUGUUUUCAAUAUCACAAAAAUUAAUACAGCAUCAAAUCAUCAACUACACAGAAAUUCUAAAAUGGCUGAGAGAUAUUUUAGUGUGCAGAAAUGCAUUCCUACUGCGUCACAAAGAUUAUGCCAACUGCAAUAUUGGAGCUCACAUUGCUAUAUGUAAACAGGCUCACAUUAAACUAGAGGUUGUCUUUCUUAUGUACCUGUGGAGUAUUGAUAUGGAUGCUGUUUUAGUGGCCAUGUCAUGUUUUGCUUUGCUGUGUGAAGAAGCUGACAUUAGGUGUGUCUGGGAUGAGGUCACAGCAACUGUUACUUAUUUAUUGCCCAAUUACCAUGUGUACCAGGAGUUAGCUGCAGCGUCCAACAAUCUUAACUACAGUUAG